GUGAUCGUUUGGCGGAUCUAUAUUUCGAAAAUCGUGAGAUUAUAAUUUGUGCAGGUAAAGAUGUCUGGGAAAGGCGCUAAAGGUUUGAUAAUGGGGAAAUCGACUGCUCUGAACAAGGACAAAGAUAAGAAGAAACCUGUCUCACGUUCUUCUCGAGCUGGCCUCCAGUUCCCAGUUGGUCGGAUCCACCGUCUACUGAAGUCAAAGAUUGCAGCCAAUGGCAGAGUGGGAGCUACAGCUGCUGUGUAUUCUGCAGCAAUCUUGGAGUAUCUGACUGCAGAAGUGUUGGAGCUAGCAGGUAAUGCAAGCAAGGAUUUAAAGGUAAAACGGAUUACUCCCAGGCACUUGCAGCUUGCCAUCCGAGGAGAUGAAGAACUCGAUACUCUGAUUAAAGGAACAAUAGCUGGUGGAGGUGUGAUCCCACACAUUCAUAAGUCUCUCAUCAACAAGUCUUCAAAGGACUAAUCCUUACCUCGUAUCCCAUGCAUGCUGUCAUCUCGGGGGAGUUCAUUAGAGGAUCCAUCUAAUCAGCAUGUACAUCUGUGAAAACUUCUAUGGGUGGAUUUGUUCUCCUUU